AUGGGAAUUUUUCAGAAUGCGACACGUUUGCCCGAUUCACCACCCAUAACUGACAUAUCCGGCGCUGGCUCGUCAGGUUCUCCUGAAAGCAAUUCAGAUGCUCCUUACUCUCCAGAGAACUAUCCGAACUAUGUUGGUAUUCAUGGUAAUCUGAACAACAAUGGCCUCAUUCUUGGAGUCCCUGGGAUUAUGACUCAUGAACUACAUCAACAGCCACAUGGCCCGGUAUCACAUCCGAUGACUUCUCCACAAAAUGGCUGCUUCAUGAGCCCGUAUCCUCCCAGUCAACCAACUCCUGGAAGUUUGCCGCAGGUAUCUCCGCCGGUCUCGAAUGGUCGUCACGACAGUCAGUACAUUGUCAAUAAUGGCUACAGUGCAGGACUGUUCAAUAUCUUGAAUGUUUCAAGUGAAGGUAGCAUUAACAGUCAGCAGAGCGAAGCUCCUAGGAAGCGUCCGCGUACUGACAAUCAGCUCGACCCACCAAAGUUCCUGCCAUCAUUUCCCGGUGUGGGACAAACACCGGUAGCUGCCAGCCCCAUUGAUUGCAGCUAUCAAGAUGAAAAUUUCUCUCAACAGGUGAUCAAAUUCUCGACCUUCCAAGAGGACCAGUGGAGUCCGUUGUACGAUAUUAAUCAUCAGCAACUAACUAAACUGAAAAUCUGCGUGGUGGCUGAUAAAGGAUUCAACUACUCAAAUUCUGAUGGCUGCUUCGUCAAUCAGAAGAAGAACCACUUUCAAAUUUCUGUAAAUAUCGAAGCAAACGACGAGAAUCCACCGAAGUUUGUGAAGGUGGAUGGGGUGAUGCACCCAAUCAAAGCCAUCAAACUGAGCAUUCACGCUCGCGAAAUCACAAAAGUGACAGUGCCUCGGUUACACUUUUCUGAGACUACCCUCAACAACCAGAGGAAGAACAAUCGACCAAACCCUGAUCAGAAAUACUUUCUCCUCGUUGUGCGUCUACUAGCAUGCAUCGAGAAUGGACCACCGGCCCUAAUUCAGGCUCAACAAUCAGAGAAAGUCAUUGUUCGAGCUACGAAUCCUGGUUCGUUCGAGCCGCCAGAGAGCGACGUGCAAUGGUAUCGGAAUGGUGGCACUCUGGUUUGUCAUGGACCGGUUGCAAUCGGUACCGAUCGGACUGCUGCGAAGCUCACGGUCGAUGGAGAUAUUUAUAUCACUGGACAGAUGACUCGCCCAUCCGAUAUCCGCUUGAAGGAAGACAUUGUGGAGAAACCGUCUCGCGACGCACUUGAACAUUUGCAGCAGCUGCGCAUUGUCGAUUUUCGCUACAAACCCGAAAUAGCUGAAUUAUGGGGACUAAGCGAAGAGCAAAGGAGGCGCACUGGUCUCAUAGCGCAGGAGCUACAAGCUGUCAUUCCUGAUGCUGUUCGCGACAUUGGCACUCACUUGACAGUUGACGAGUCUCGCAUCUUCUACGAAACCGUGCUAGCGAUGCAGGAGCUCUGCAGGCUUACGGGCGACUUAGACACCAAAAUUGACGACAAGGUCGAAGAAAUCAGUCAGCGACUUGCCCGAUAUGCUAGGAGAAAGAAGCUAAUAGGCUCGAUAGCGUCAAACCUGAGCGAGCAGUCCUCUGGGAUUGUCAGCGACAAUAAGAGCUAUCUGUCUUAUUCUCGAACCUCGCUUGCGUCCACUUCACCCUCCAUCGCAAAAGAAAGCAGGGAAAGACGAAAGAUACGCAACUGUCGUUCUCAGUGCCAUCCACAGGAACCGCUCUGCAACUCGAAACUGACCCAAGGUACUAUCAUCACUCUUGUGGUGGUGAUGGCUGCUUGCCUUAUUGCCAUGUCCGCUUUGUACGUUCUUGAUUGGCAUAACCGCAAUUAUGGCUAUCAACAUCUUUACCCACCAAACGCUACACCAUCGACGAAGUCUGGAGGUUCUACAGAAGGUGUAGGACAUAUGAUAUAUCAAAUAGACCAUCCUUAUCUGCCUAUGCUGCAACCGGAUGCACCAACGUUAAUGCCCACAUGUCGUUCGAGCCAUUGUCACACAUACUGCUGUGCGGAUCAGGCCGUGUACCGUUCUGGAAACAGAGUGAACGGGAUGGAUGCAAUCGUCACUUUGGGUGAACGCACAAAAAAUAUGAUCGCCCGAAGCGCUCCGGAUGUCUCUGCCAGGAAGCCGCUUGGCACAGGCGUUCGCAUCUUGAUUCCCACCUUAAAUGUUACUAUUGAUAAUCGUUACUGUAUCGAGCAAAGUUGUAACAAGAAACGCGGACGGUUCAAUAUGUACAUCCCUGUAUCGCCAUACCUACCAACGCUUCCUCUGGAAAUCAUAUUUUCGGUCCCUAAAGGAAAGCUUAUCAACAAUUGUGGGUACUUGGCGGAUUUCCAGCACAAGUACUGCCCUCUGCAAAGCGAUGGCUUCAAGGCAGAACGUCUACAGUAUCCCAUAGCUAAUCAAGUAAGUUACUUAACCAUGUAUUUUGUAGGCAAUUUGGGAUCCUUUGCAUAUAUCGCUUUAGUAAGUCACAUACAAAAGUGAUU